CACACCAAGUGAUAUCUGAAAGUCGUAGUUCUAAUUAUCAUUAUAUAAAUGAAAUAAUGGGGUUUGUGCCAUAUACUACUCUAAGUAGUUUAAGGACUUUAAAAUGUUGCCGUUUAAUGUCGAUGUACCCUCCACAUUUUGCUGAGCCUAUACUAAAAAAAGAUUCUGAAAUCAUAAACAAAAAGGACGUCUCUCAUGUACCAAUUAAAGCGGCUCCAAAUGAUUUAUCCGAUUCCAUAUUCUAUGGUGUUCUUAAAAAUAAACUAUUGAAAUAUAUUACUAAAAAAGGUAAUGGAAGUUUAGCUAAACAGCUUUUAACUGAUACAUUGGAAACUAUUAAGCGGACACAAAUUGAACGGAUGAACCUUAUAAAUGCCGAAAAAGAGAAUGUAAUUAUUGACACCGAGAGAAUUUUAAUAAAUGCAAUUGAAAACUCUCGACCAUUACUUCAGUUGUCAGAAAUCAAAAGAGGUGGAGUAAAGUAUCAAGUUCCCAUACCUUUGACAGAGAAAAGAUCCUACUUUCUUGCUAUGAAGUGGCUCUUGGAUGCAGCACGUGAAAAAGAUCGUAAAGUUCAUCUGCCUGAUAAACUUGCUUGGGAAAUAUUGGACGCUGCGCAUGGACAGGGCCGAGUAAUUAAAAAAAAGGACGACUUGCAUAGACAAUGCGAAAGUAAUCGGGCUUAUGCCCAUUAUAGAUGGAGCUAAAAAGCAAUGAUUUUUGUGAACAACUAAUUAAUUGGGCAAGAGAUCUGCUUUUAUUUUGAAAUGUGUAAUUAUUUGAAAAGGAAGUAAAUAAAUGUACGCUUACGCAACGUUUCAAGUCAG